UGGCCUAACUGCUAACAUCACCUACCCGUCGUGCAAAACACCGGCAAGUUAGUCCGAUUCUGAAUGUCUCACAUAACGACAAUCAGCAAGCUGUUUGCAGUGUGUUGUAAGGAUAUACCAGGACAUUGCCCCGUUCUACUUUGAUUUGCAUGUGAAGCAGGAAAUAUGCUCUGCAGGGCUCCACAUCAUCAGUGAACACAGCCAUACCCAGCCUGACCAUGGAGGCAAAGAGGCAGAAUGCUAUGGCGGAUGGCUUUGGCAGAGACUUGAUGAAUGCUGGUCGGUUUUGCUUCAGCUGUGAGCAGAUAUUUGCAAAUCGACGCUGCCUGGAGGAACAUGUGUGUUCUGCUGCAAGUUUCAUUUGCUCCUGUGGAACUGAGUUUGCUGAAUACAGAGACAUGCUGGAGCACAGCACUACACAUGAACCGGGACACCAAGUGCUUGACCAUGAAACGAUAAGGAAGCGCAGAAUUGAGAAGCGCAUAGAAGAGGAAAAGCAGCUGAAAAGACUACAGACAGGUGAGGUUGUCUGGAAGACACCUAAAUCGGACAGUGUGUCAUCAAUUUCUUUGCCAGCAAAGCACAUGCUGCAAGUACCCAUUACAGCUGCUCGCAUGCCACAAGUUCCCAUGCAGUCUGCACAGUUUUCACAAGUGCCUCAGUUGUACCCCCCUGUGUCACAAGCAUCUUUUCUCCCAAAUCCUGUUUCCUCUACAAUAGACAUGAAGAAUAUUUUUGCAGGUGUAGGUGCACCUACAGUGGAUCUAUGGACACUUUACCAGCCAGUUGUGUUGUUGCAAACUGUGCGCAAAUUUAACAAAAAAAAAACUUACAUUUGUGGUAAAUGUGGGCAGUGUUUUAUGACAAAGACCUCUCUCAUAUUCCACCACAGCUCUCAUGUCACAGAUAAAAUUUCUGGCUGUAUAGGAUGCGGGUUGCUGCUCUCCAGCAAGAAGUUAGUGCCCCGCUACCAUGUUUGUAACUCAACCAAUAAUCCCACUAAAUUCAAGCUCAUCACUGCAAGACCGCUGAAGCCAAAUCAAGCCGGUACAGGCAGGAAUUGGGAUUCACUAGCUGGAGGGCGCCAGGCCACUUCCUUUCAACGGUUGAAAAGUCAGAAUCUCAGUCCAGCCACUAAAUGCAUUCAGGCACCUCGCAUCACUACGACCCCGCAGCUGAAAAAUUUGAAUAUCAGAACAUACAACCAAAGCAAUCAGGGGCUUCAUGUCACUCCGUCCCUGCUGUUGAAGAGUCAAAAUCCCAGUGCAUCCAAUCCCUAUGUCACUGUCCCCCUUCCGAUGAAGAGCCAGAGUCCAAAUCCUAAUGCUAACAAAAGCAGUCGCAGGUUUCCUGUCACUCCCUCCAACCAGUUGAAGACACCCAUAAAAUCUGCAUCAGGUGUAUUGAGCAUACCAACAAAGACAUCCUCUGCAUCAGCAGGGUUCACGUGCCGAGUCUGUCAUAUUCCUUUUGAAACCGCUCAGCUGCUUCAGAGGCACAAGUGCAUCAAAGCACAGGAGUUUAUGGCACAGCAUGUGCGAGGUGGCAAACAGCAUUACAAACUAAAAAAGAUGACACCAGUGGCAGGCCCAAAUCCCGCUCAGAUGAAUGGUGAAAGAAGACUUGGGGUUCCAUCUUCUGUUAACUUCAAGAAAAGCCAAGUCAUGGCUGUGGAUCUGACUAAAGGGCAAGCGGCAGUUCCUUUGAAUGGGAAAACAGGAGUGGAUGUGGACAAAGACUGUUACAUUGUUGAAAGCGGACCAGACAAACCUGCUGAGAUGAUUUACCAAGUAACCUCAUCUGUGCCUAUUAAGACUUGACAACUCUACAGAGGCGCAUCCAGUUUGCAUGUCACAUUUUAUCUUGAAUAUGGACCAAGUGCUUAAAGACAGCAGUCUCCUGGUUGAACAACAUCUACUUGUUUAGGUUCAUUGCACAGGAAUGUAAUGCUUCUUGGCUCUCUUCAGACUGUGGUCAAAUAUAAAUAAGUGAGAUGAAUAAUGAGAACAAACACUCUUACUUAUGCUGCAUUUCUUCUCAGUAAACAGUCCAAUGUUGACUUCCUGAGAGUCUAAAUUUGGUUUCCCUGCAAUGGUUAUAGAUCAUGUAAAUCAAUUAAAUUUAUUAAUGAAAUGUAUGUGCAUGGUCUACCCAUGUUGAGUGGGAUAACCAGGUACUGUAUUAUAGGUUUUUUUUUGUUGUUGUCGUUUUUUAAAACAUGUUAGUAUGAUCAGAAUGUGUUGUGAGGCUGUGGGAAAUGACCACAAUAUCUUUUGUGUUCUUUCCAGCUUUGUCAGACUUUAAGAAUACAGUAUAUGUUGUAU